AAUUUGUUUAAUUAAAAUAUUUUAAAUAUGAGUGAAAAGAAAUGAAGAAGUCCUGGGUAGAAGAAGCAGUUUCAAAGCUUGAAUCUUUGAAGCUGCUGUCCUUCUCUAAGACCCAUUCACCCCUCCCAUCAAGUUUUUACGAGGUGUUCGACGUUGGAAUGGAUCCCCAGUUGUGAAGUCUCAAUCUCGGAACCCUCUUCCCACAAAAAUGGCUUCCCGACAUUCCUUCCCAGUCCCUGUACUGGUACUUUUCCUCUGUUUUCUUUCCUAUCGUUUUCAUUCUGUGUUUACAUCCUGCAUUCUAGUGACAACCAGGGAAGAGAAAGGAAAAAUGGGGAUGCCCAAAUUAUAAUUGUGGCUGUACAAUUGAAUUUGGCACUGGUGCUCAAGGAUUGCAUUCUGCACUCUUGAAUUCGGGUUUUUUCCCUUCUUGAGAUGGGCAAAUGGGCAAAUGGGCAAAUGAAUGAACUUUAUCCAGCAGAAGUUAAGUCAGUACUCUUAAAUUUCAUUCUUUCUUUGCAUAGGAGAAGAGAUUGUCUCUAGAGAUGGAGAAGCUGAUGCUGAAUUUGACCUUUUUUAGGGGUUCAGGUCAAACUGCCUCUCAGGCACAUGGAACAUUUGUUUGUGGCAAGAAUGGUGGGGGAGUGGCCGAAGAAAUUAAUUGUGAAAGAGAUGUCAACAUAUGCAUUGGAACUCUGACCAAGGCAGCUGUUUGUCAUGUUGGAUUCAUAGCUUGCAGGAGAAAUCCUUUUAUCAAGAUAUGCUGGUGGUGGCUGCGGAAGGAGGGAUUUCAGAAAUUUUGGCAAUGGAUCAGAACAGCAGCGAGGAAAUUUCAAGUGACAUUGAUGACGAAUGAGAUGUGAUCAAUGGAUGCCAAUCUUAAGGUAUCAUGUAUACUUUAUGUAAGUUUGAAUUUCAUUGCACAGAUUUUGAAUAAUGUAUAGUCUAUGUUAGUUUUGAUGGAGUUAAUAAUUUCAGUACACAAGUUUAGGUUUAUUUUCAUACUUUUGGUAUUACUGCUGCAAAAAAGGUGCUGGAUCAAUUCUUGGUUAGGCUAUGUUUUAGUUUCUGCCUCACUACUCAAAAACACAGGGCUUAUGAAUGUGCAAAGGCUUUCCAAAUCCAGCAUUUUUAAGGUUAUAGUCUUCUCUGUCUCUUUUGUGUGGCAUAUGUGUUGUUCUUAAGUGUUUUAUUUGAAAAUCUUUUUUGCGGAUUGGUAAUUGAUUGCUUUAUGAUGCUUUGCUUUCAUUUAUUAAUCCUGAAUCUGGGUCUUUUGAGGAAAAGAAGAAAAUAAUUUGACACCACUGCUCACUUAUCCUUUUUCUCCCCAUUUUUUUUUCUUAAACCCAUAUUCAUUUGGCCUCCUAUACCUUUUGGUGAUGGAUGAUUUGGAUACAUGCCUAUUUUACUUUCAUUUAUUGGCAUUAUAGUGGAUUCAUCAAGUCUUAUGGCUUGUGUGCAAAGAAGCUAGUUACAAGCGAUGCAAAGAAGGAAGCAACACUAGCAAUGUAGACGUAGAUGAGGUUAAAAAGUUGGCUAUCCAAAUUUGCUUUAAUUGCUAAUAUUUGUGUCUUCUUUCAUUCUUCCAUAUACAUUAGGGAAGAACUUCUUGAGAAAUGGCAUCUUGGAGAUCAAGUACUGGAACAGACUAUGCUCAAACUGAAGAUUCGGAGCCCAUGGAUCAUGAUUUGAGGUCUGCAUGUGCCUGUGCUGCUUCAGAUAAAGGAUACUUGUGAUUCAAACGAACUCGCAAGACACCUAAUGCAACGUUUGCAAAUACAUCAUUAGCAGUUUCAAGCAGCUCCUCUCGGGUUUCAGUGUGAUGUGCAAAGGAAGGAAAGGUCAAGAACAAAGAUUUUUCCCAAAGCGUUAACACAGGAACUGGAUCCGGUGCACCAGAUGCCAGGCCAUAGAUCACCAUAUACCCACGAGUCUUUAAGCAUGCCAAAGAUCCCUAGAGAUUGAAAAAUUUCAGUAAGAAACUCUUGAAGAGAUC